AUGUCUUUUCUUCAUUCAAUUUCACUCCUCUUUAAGCUUUUGUAAUAAUUACUUGUGGGGUUUUGUUGUUUUCCAAUUUUUUUCAACUUUAUCCUUGUAUUCACUUCAAAUUUCUCUUGUUUAUACACAUAUACAUUUGAAAGAACCUUACUUGUUUUCAUUUUGAAUUGAGUUUUGAGCUCUUCUUUUGCUUUUGAUCAUUUUUUUCAGGUUUCUGCUUCUAUCCUUUAUGUAUCCCUAUAGUUAUGUUUAUCUUUCUUAAAUUUUAAGCAUCUAUAUAUUUUCAGGUAUGUUUGAUGUUUACAAGAAGCUACAAAUUGGUUGUGUUAUAUUGGUUUUGUUCUUCUGCUCUUUUGUUAAUUGCUGAUGAAGUUUAUUUAUUUGUAUUUGGUGAAAUCGCUUUGUUGAUUUACCUUGUAUUAAGUAGGAAGAUUUCUUGUUAUGCUAUCCGAUUGAAGAGUUAAAUUUAGAUAUAAUUUUUGGCUUGCCCAAUUUUUUUUUUUUUUGGUUCUGCUUCUUUUAUGUUGUCUUUCUAAUAAAAAUUGGAUGAUAAAUUGGUGAAUCGUGGAUCGUAUUACAUAUAUAUACCUCCUUUUUCUUAAUUAUGAUAAGCUUUAUCUUGAAACUUUUGAGUUAUUUAGGUGAACCUUCUCUUGUAAAAUUGUGUGAAACAAAUUAAAACUAAAUUGCUUGAGCUUUGUAAAUACAGCCAAGUGCCAACUAAAGAGAGAUUUUAGAUGAAGCAGAAAAAUAGGCAAAAUGAAAAGAAUUCAUAAAAGUAGGUAUUGAUGAAUAUGCAAGAAAUAUUAAGAUAAGAUGGAAAAAAAUUUGUGUUUAUUAUGUUCUUUGAGGUGGUUGUGAGCAUUAGUAAAAGAUCUAAACUAACUAAUUUAUCAACAUUUAUUUGCUUUUAACUUUUGAACAGCUGGCUGUUCAUGCUAUAAAAGAUGAACCACGGUAGACAAGGUUAAUCAUGUACUCUACCUACUUACAAUCCAAGAAACUGCAUGAUGCUUUUAUUCAGCUUGUUAUUGCAGUAAUGAUACUCCCUUUGGUCCAAAAUAAUUGAUGUUUUAGCUUCUAAAAAUUGGUCCAAAAUUAUUGAUGUUUCACAAAAUCAAGAAGGUAUUUAGUUCCCAAAUUUGCCCUUAACACAUUCCUAAUCCCCUUGAUAAUUAUGUCAACCUAAAAGGAAAAGAAAAUAAUAAUUAAGGGUAUUUUAGUCAAAACCCCUCUUAAUUUUAGGAGUAAGUGAAUUCCUCAAUCCAUGUGCCGAAGCCUAAGACAUCAAUUGUUUUGGGCUGGAAGCAGAGGCGAAUCCAAGAUUUCAAGAGGAUGAGUUCACCUUGGAUUUUUUUUUUUUUUAAAAAAGAAAAGACGCAAAAGUGCAUUUUGUAAGGUUCGAUCCCACCACCUUAAGGGAUUAAACCCAACACUUAACCAGUGCUCCACUUGAUCUAGUUUGACCAUGUGUUCCUUCAGUUAAUGUUAGAUAUAUUUUAAGGAUUUUAUACAUAAUAUACUGAGUUUAGUCAGGUGACCAUGUGUUCACGUGACCCAUUUUUAAUGCAUAGAUUCGCCCCUGGCUGGAAGGAGUAGCAACAAAAAUGGAGAGGAGAUAACGUAUUGCAAUUAACAAUGUUGACGCUUACUUUAUCUUAAAGUGUCUGAUUUGUUAUCUACAAUAUUUCUAAUAUUCGCUGUUUGUAUCAGGCGUAGGAUGCAGGACGCAAGUACCCAGUAAAGUCGCUCUUGUUGAUCUUUUGGAGUUGAACAUGAUCGCUCUCCAUUUCGGAGAGUUUCUGAUGUACUUUUUAAUUUGUGUAUUUCCAUUUCAUAUUGCUUUGUUAGAAAUGGGUUAGAAAGUUACUGGCCGAUGCGUUCAACUUCGUUUUUCUCAGUCUUGUCUAAUAUUUUUCUAGUGAGAAUGGCUAGUUUGCCUGGUAGCAGUGAGAUUACAGAGUCAAUAGAGGAUCCUGCAUAUAAAAUGAAUGAAGGUGCACUUUAUAACAUGAAGCCUAUAAAAAAGUAUUGUAUUGAAGAUGAUAUUAAUAAACUGUUUGAGGAGAUGGAGAUUAGGAAUUCCAAUAGGGGUGUGAUGAGUAAACGUGCGAUGAAGAGGCCGAUGAGAUCUAGCCCCUUUCAUGCAUCAGGCAUAGGAAUUUCUGGGCCUGCAAGUUUGAAGCAGGCCUUGAGAGGAUUAUGUAUCUCUCAGGCAUCAGAGCUGGCUGCUGUGAAGAAGCAAUCAUCAAAAGCAUCCAGGAUUAUGCAUGAUGAUGGAGGUAUGCGGAAUUUGGUGGAGAUAUCUCUCGUCCCAGAGAGUAGUAUGGUGGAUUCUUUGCAUAAGAGUCCUGAAUCUAAAAAUGUGCCAGUACAAGAACAAUGUACUUUUGCAACUCGUUCUUGUCAUCUCUCUGAAGAUGCAUCGGAACAUAAGGCAAGUGAAGUUCCAGCAGAAAGUGAGGUCCUUUGUCAGUCAAAUGGCCAGAAAACGACAUUGGAGUUACCACAUUCUUCGAGUGGCAACUGUACUGAUAACGUGGAACUAGUACUAGAACAGAUCGUGCCUUCUGUAAAUGAAGCUCCAGUAACUGCAAUUGUAGCAGACAGGGAGCACGAGCAAGAUUUACAUUUUGCGUCUUGCUCCUCCUUUUCCGGUGCAGGAAAUAAAGUCAUUAACCCUACCUCUAGAACCUCUGGUAGUCCAAGUCUGACGAAACCAGUUUUCAGAAGCAAAACCUUUUUCAAGAAGAAAGUUUUAUCUUCUUUAUCCAGCCGUCCGAAACAUUGUAAUGGUGGAAUCAAUAGUGAUUGGUCUUGUAGCACAAAUGAGUUUCCUUGUCAGACACCUAAAUAUGCUCCGAGGAAUAACUGUAAAGAAGAGGAUAAGGAGAGUAGCAUAGAAGUUAGUUCAUCGGGUUUGAAGUCUGGUGUUGCUAAACUAGGUCUGAGCUCAAAUAGUAACAAAGCAAGAAGUAUACUUACAAAAGCUGAUGAAAGACCGAGGUCAAAGGAAAAGGGGCAGAUGUCUCAAAGUUCAAAGAGUAGUAUUGGGGAUUAUAGCAGCAACACAAGUGUUAGCGAUGAAAGCUAUCUCAGUGGGUCUAGUCGCAGUGGUUAUCGGCCUCAUAUGUCAAAAGAUUUGAGAUGGGAGGCUAUUAUUAGUGUUCAAAAGCAGCAUGGAAAUAUUGGCUUAAGUCAUUUUAAACUGAUCAGAAAACUCGGAGGUGGGGAUAUUGGGAAUGUUUAUCUCUCCGAGUUAACAGGCACAAACUGUAUGUUUGCUGUGAAAGUCAUGGAUAAUGACUUACUGACCAGCAAGAGGAAGGCGACGAGAGCUCAGACUGAAAUAGGAAUUCUUCAAAUACUGGAUCAUCCGUUUCUCCCAACUCUCUUCGCCCAUUUUACCAAUGACAAAUACUCGUGUUUAGUGAUGGAAUAUUGUCCAGGUGGUGAUCUGCAUGUACUGCGACAAAAACAACCAAGCAAGAGUUUCUCCGAACAAGCUGCGAGAUUUUACGUUGCUGAAGUUCUUCUUGCAUUGGAAUACCUUCACCUGCUUGGAGUUGUCUACCGGGACUUAAAACCCGAGAAUGUGUUGGUUCGAGAAGACGGCCAUAUCAUGCUGUCUGAUUUUGAUUUGUCUCUUAGGUGUGCUGUUUAUCCUACCUUGGUAAAAUCAUCUUCACCUAUGCUUGAGCUUCCGAAAAAGUCUAGUCCGUUGUGCUCAGCUAGCUGCAUUGAUCCCUUCUGCCUACAUCCAUCCUGGCAAGUAUCCUGCUUCGGCCCCAGGUUUUUAUCUACGGAAGCAAAGACACGUAAGCUAAAGGCUGACCUAGCUGCACAAGUCUCACCUUUACCACAGCUUGUUGUGGAGCCAGCCAACACUCGAUCCAACUCAUUUGUAGGGACCCACGAGUAUCUAGCUCCAGAGAUUAUCAAAGGUGAAGGUCAUGGCAGUGCUGUAGAUUGGUGGACCUUAGGAAUCUUUCUUUAUGAGCUUUUAUAUGGUAGGACUCCUUUCAAAGGGACAGGAAAUGAGGAUACACUAGCCAAUGUGGUUUCUCAAUGUCUCAAUUUUCCAGCUAGGCCUAUUGUUAGCUCUCAUGCAAGAGACUUAAUCAGAAGGUUGUUGCAGAAGGAACCCGAGAAUAGAUUCGGAGCUGUGAGAGGGGCAGCAGAGAUAAAGCAACAUCCGUUCUUCGAGGGACUUAACUGGGCGUUAAUCCGAUGCUCUACGCCUCCAGAAGUACCUAGAUCAUACGACUUGGCAAAUGUCGUCCCUGAUGCCAACCGACAAAAUAAGGAGAGUAGCAAGUGUCAAAAAGAGUUGAGAAAUAUAGGAGAAGAUAUUGAGGUUGAGAUGUUUUAGCAACACUGUAGUCUGUAGGUAUGAGAAGGGAUAGGUCUGGCUUUACAUUUUACAGAUUGUGUCUGAUAUGUGUAACUAAUAGGCAGUUUAACAUAGAUAUAGUGUACAUGUUCCACAAAGUGCAACACAUGAAGAAACAUAUAAUGUAUACCAUGUUUCAUAAAGUUGUUGAUUGUGCUAUGUAUCAGAGGAUGUAACUUUAUCAGCCCAAUUGAAAUGGAAAACUGGAAUGUGCAGCGACUCCAGGAAGUUAUCAAA